UUUCGACGCAAGUUGACGGGUAACUAUGAAUUCGUUCCACGUAUUUCCGGUGCUCUUCUGUGCGGUUUUGUGCGCGCCCAGUUUGCGGAUUAUUCCUGACAAUUUGAGGCCACCUCAAUUGCUCACAUUGCCCAGUAAUGCAACCAGCAUUCGGAAUGACAUCAGCGACUCUUUUAGCUGCGAAGGUCGCAGCUACGGCUACUAUGCCGAUGUGGAAAACGAUUGUCAGCUUUUCCACGUCUGUUUGCCCAUGAAAUAUCAGGACGGCAGAACUCAAAUGUUCAGAUGGAGUUUCAUCUGCCCAGAAGAGACCGUUUUUAACCAAGAAUUGUUUACAUGUACUAGAUCGGAUGAGAGUAUCAUUGACUGUGCAGAAUCCCCUCGAUUUUACGAUUUAAAUCGCAAUUUUGGAAGUGCGGAAGUUGAAGCCACUGGAACCGAAUCAUCGAGCGGACUGGAAGAAGAACCACAGGAAGUUCCGAUUGAAGUGAUGCAAUCCAUUGGCCGCACCAAAUACAGAAAAGAUUGAACUCAAUAUCAAUUUUAGCAUUGUUCGUGGUUAAAUAAUGCAUGUUAAUUUAUAAUGCGUAAUUUUCGGACACUUUAAAUCGGGUACUCGCUCCUAUGGUAUUACUUGAAUACCGUAGUAACAGAGUAAUUACUCGAGAAAAACACGCCGUUUUAUCAUACAAAGUGCUUGCAAAAAUGUCUAUCACGGCUAUGCUCCGAAAUAAAUAUUUAAAACACA